AUGAUUAUUGCAGUUAGAUCACCAAGUGGUACAACAAAAAUCAAUGUUAGCGAUACAGCUAUUGUUAAAGAUUUAUAUGUAAAAUUAAAAGAAAAUAAUGUAGAUAUAGAUGGUAAAUCAAUUACCAAAACACCAAGAGACCCACCAUUAGAAGUUGGUGAUAAAUUAUCAUCACUUGGUAUAAAGAGUGGAGAUUUAUUACAUUUAGUUGGAAAUAAUAAUAAUAAUAAUAAUGAUAAUAAAGCUAGUAGCGGUAGUAAUAAUAAUAAUAAUAAUAAUAAUAUUAGUAAAAAAGAAAUAUCAUAUGAUGAAAAAUUACCAAAUGGAUUAACACCUAGAUGUAAACAUGCAGUUGGUGAUAAAUGUGUAUUUUGUUCAGAUGCACAAGGUAUGAAAAGAUGUGAUCAUCCAGAGAAUGCAACAUGUCCAAAUUGUCAAAAUAAGAAAUUUAAAGGUAAAAGAUUAAAAUGGUUAUGUAAUCAUCCAGCAGGUGGUAAAUGUUCAAAUUGUUUAAGGGUUGGAAAGAAUGUAUCAUACAAAUGUAAUCAUGGUUCAACCGCUACUUGUGUAAAUUGUAUGGAUAAAGAUGAUGAAGAUCAAGAUGAUAAUGAAGAAGAUAAUAAAGAUAAUAAAGAUAAUUCAGAAAUUAAAAAAAGUGGUUUUGUGCCAAAAGUUGCAAUUAAAAAUGAAGUUAAAACAAAAUGUUUACAUGGACCAAAUCAAAAAUGUAUAAAUUGUUUACCAAAAGAUGAUCCAAAUUCAAUUGAAGUACCAAAGAGAAGAUGUAAGAAUCAUGGUAUUAAUGGAUCAUGUGUGGAGUGUAUAGAGUGGAGAGAAAGUUUAAAGAUGAGAUUAAAGAGUCAAGAUAAUCCACAUGCACCAGGUGCAUUGGUUGAUUUUCAAUCUGCCAACAUUUUCCAACAAUAUAUUGCCAAUAGUAAAUAUGAACAACAAAGAAUCGGUUUCUUAUUUGGUAACUUUUUAUCGGAUGGUUCAGUGGUUGUUGAUAGUAUCUAUGAGCCACCACAAGAAUGUAAGGAUAAACAAACUCCAACACUCUUACCAGAUCCAUUGGCUGAUAAGAUUGAAUCAAUGGCAUCAAUGUUGGGUUUGACAAGAGUUGGUUGGAUCUUUUCACAUCCAUCAAGAAAGUAUACAAUGUCAUCCACUGAAAUCAUUCAAGCAGCUUCCUAUCAAAAUAAGUAUGGUCCAAGCUUUGUCACUUUAAUCCUCUCGGUCAAUAGUGAUGGUCAAAGUAAUAUGGAGGCUUUCCAAGUAUCUGAUCAAGCACUUAAAUUGGAGAAAACCGGAGAAUUCCUCCCAACUCAACCUGAUCCAACCAAAUGUAAAUUAAAAUCACCAGUUUUUGAAGAAGGCACUGAAACUAUCAAUGCCGAUACUCACUUUUUCAUCGUUACCGUUCCAUUGAAGGCAAGAGAAGAUAAAUCCAUCUUUAACAUCUCUUUCCCAGUGGAAAAUAGAAUACCUGUAAAUACCCUCUCGGAUUUGGCCUCUUAUAAACUCGAGCAUAAAGAUGUCUCUCCUUUGAAAUUCUUUUCAGAUUUCCAUUUCCUUAUCUUUUUAUUAGAGAAUCAAUUCCUUGACUUUCAAUCGGAUUUCCCAAUCAUUUGUGAAAAUAUUCGUUCAAGAUCAAGUGAAAAUUUAAUUGGUUAUUUAGAAAUUAUAAAUUAUCAAAUUGGUGAUAUCAUUGGUCAUGAUCAAUUUAAUUAA